AGUGGAACCAUCAAUAUCUCCAUAUAACUCCCCGUUAUGGAUUGUACCCAAAAAACCCGAUUCGCAAGGAAAUAAACGCUGGAGAUUAGUUAUCGACUAUAGAAAGUUGAACGAUAAAACGAUAGGCGAUGCUUUCCCACUACCCAACAUUACAGAAAUAUUGGAUCAAUUAGGAAGUGCAAAAUAUUUUUCCACGUUUGACUUGGCAUCGGGCUUUCACCAGAUCCGUAUGUCACUGGAAGAUGCCCACAAAACUGCAUUUUCGACACUAUACGGACAUUUUCAAUUCAAAAGAAUGCCCUUUGGAUUAAAAAAUGCCCCAGCAACAUUUCAACGUUUGAUGAAUUCAAUAUUAUCUGGUCUGCAAGGAAUAGAACUAUUCGUCUAUCUGGAUGACAUAGUGAUUUAUUCCACGUCUCUCCAAGAACACGAAAUUAAGUUCAAUAAGUUAAUGGAAAGACUGAGGAAAGCUAAAUUACGAUUACAACCUGAUAAGUGCGAAUUUUUACGACACGAGGUGAAUUAUUUAGGACAUAUAAUUAGCGAGGAUGGCGUGAAACCCGACCCAAAGAAAGUCGAAGCCGUAUCAAAAUUUCCACGGCCGAAGAGGGCGAAAAAUAUCAAACAAUUUCUGGGACAAGCAGGAUAUUACAGAAGAUUUAUACCCGAUUUCUCCAAGGUCGCGAAACCAUUGACACAACUAUUAAAGAAAGACACUCCCUUUAAAUGAACAGAAAAUCAAGAAAAUGCAUUCAAUAAUUUAAAGACAGCGCUAAUGACAAAACCCAUUCCACAAUAUCCAGACUUUUCUAAACCCUUUAACCUUACUACAGACGCAUCAGGAUAUGCAAUAAGCGGUGUACUGAGUCAAGGGCCAAUCGGAAAAGAUUUACCGACUGCAUAUGCCUCAAGACUAUUAAAUUCCGCCGAACAAAACUACUCUGCCAUAGAAAAAGAGUGUCUGGCAAUUGUUUACAGCGCAAUGCACUUCCGACCAUAUCUUUACGGAAGAAAGUUUACUAUCGUAACCGAUCAUAAACCUUUAGUGUGGGUGCAUUAUAUCAAGGACUCUACUUCGAGAAUUUGGAAAUGGAAAUUGAAGUUAUCGGACUUUGAAUUUGAUAUUGUAUACAAAGAAGGCAGGGCGAACGCAAACGCAGACGCAUUAUCUAGGAAUCCUCCGGAAGUUUGUCUACCAAUCAGAAAGAGAGAGGAAGUCUCAGCGAUUCGCUAUCCUGUCUCAAAAAGAUUCGAAAUAGAUACAUCAACGGAAGACUCUCCCAUAUUCGAAGCUAAACCACGCGUCUUGCCUCAAUCCACUGAUCUUACAAAACAAGGAAAAGUUUUUACUCGAAAGCAUCUUACACUGGAAGAAACGCCCGUAAAAUAUUCUGACGAAGCACUAACCGAGCUCGAUGUAAACACAGAUAGAGAAAUAACUGAUCAAGGAAAAAGGCGCAUGGACACAACAGGCGAAGAAGAGCCCUGUGUUUGUGGUUACCUGUGUUUCUUCGGCGCGUGCAAAAGCUGGCGGCUGCAGCAUCAUUAUCAUUUCGAUGUUUGCUCGGGCAACACGCGCAAUUCCGCUGCUCUCCCACAACAAGGACCUCCUCCUUCGAGUUAUUUUGCGUAAGUUUGGAUAUUUGCAUAUUAUGGUUGUUUUCGCGAUUUUGAUCCUUUUUCCUUUUUUUUUUUUUUUUUUUUUUUUGUUGUUUCCCUAGGCUUCGGUGAUCGACGUUUGAACAAUGUUUGCGGAGGCAUUUCCAUCAGAGGUUCCUAUCCAGACUUCUCUGCGCAAGCGAAAGAGGGAUUCCGAAGAACCCAUGGGCGACUCGAGAAGACCCAUCAAACGCAUGCGGCGCUGUGAUGAACCACAAGUACCAGAGUGGUCGGAGGAACUAUUCGACAUUGGUGCCGAGGCCGUGGAUUUCCCGUCGGAAUUGAGCUUUGACAAUUUUGUUACUGUCGAUGAGAGUUUCUUCGAUGCAGAGACCGUCGUAUUGGAGUGGGAACCCCCACUGGUUGAAGUCGUUGAUACCGAUCGUUGUGUAAAAGUUCGUUUUGCAAAUGAAAUUCCCGGAGAGGUUUUGGAGGCACAUCUUCGUCACCAUGUUUCUGGGAGAAAGGGAAUUUCCCCUGUUGUCCGUUAUUGGUGUAUGCGUGAGUCCAGCGAACUUUGUCCUGGAGCUCCUUGCUUCGAUUUUGAUUUGGUGUAGCUGCUUCAAUUUCGUUGGUUCGCUGUUUGAUAAUCGUGGGUUCCUUAUUAUUAUUAUUUUUUUAGAUGUAUUUUGUUUUUAUGUUCAAUAUAUAUAUAUAUAUAUAUAUAUAUAUAUAUAUAUAUAUAUAUAUAUAUAUAUAUAUAUAUAUAUAUUUUAAAUGUGAUAGUGUAAGGUUAUCUAUUUUAUGUUUGUUAAAUAUAUGUGUAUUUAUUUAAUUUUAUAUUUCUUCCUUUUUUAAAUUAAUUAUACAUAUAUAUAUAUAUUUUUCUACAUUUGUAUCUGACAGUGUAGUUGCACAUAGAAUUUAUUAAAGAAAAAUGUCAAUGUGUUUUCAUGAUUUGUUUCUCGCGCCUGAUUUCCAUUAAUCCCUAAUAUUCCUGUCGCCAUAACGCGUGUUAUUGUGUUAGUUGUUCCGAUGCGCACGUGUAAAUCUAACAUGGCUGCUCAUAAAUGUCAUCAAUAAAGUUAUAGUGGCGGGUCUGUAGUUUUGUUUGAUAUCGAAGUAAUUUUCCGUCUGUCGCUCGUUUUUCCUUAUUCUACCGCAACUAGAACAUUUAUUUAUUAAUAUUGUUAUUAUUAUUACUUUAAAGUGACAAUAGUAUUGUUCGUGUGAAUAUACAUAUAUAUAUAUAUAUAUAUAUAUAUAUUUAUAUUGUGUGUCAUUUUAAUAUGACUAAUGUUUUGUAAUUCUUCGAUAGCGUUAUUUAUUGUUUUGAGUAGUUUAUUUUAUAGAGUGUUCGAUAAUAUAAAACACACACACACGCGCGCACACACACGCACGCACACACACGCACGCACGCACGCACACAUGUAUACAUAUACAUAUUUCUUCUGGCAGUGUGAUUUUCAUUUAGAUUCUUUAGCGAUGUAAUGUUGUGUAUUUGAGGUUAUGUGUCAAUUAUUUGAUUUCAUAUAUACAUAUAUAUCUUGUAUUGUGACAACAUAGUAUUGAAGGUUUUGUUUCUAGAUUAUUGUGUGUUUAAUGUGUUUUUACAUAUUUGUGUUUGAUGGUAGAAUUUCUGUACGUAAUUCUUCAAGUCGUUGAGGUGUUAAUUAUUUUGAGCGUUUGGCCUAUUGACAGGUUGUCACUUAGUCCCAAGUGUUGCGUUGUCUGUUCUAUUUCUUUUGUAGAUUAUUAGUAGUAGUUUAGUUUAGAAUAUAGAUUAUUUAUAUAUAGACAUGCAUGUUUCGUAAUGUAGUUCUUAUUUUAUAACUCUUUACCGGAAUGUAGGCUAGUUUUAAGUAUGUAUCUUAGAUUACUAAUUUGAUUUAAUAAUGUAGAAUGCGCAUACACACACACACACAUAUAUAUAUAUAUAUAUAUAUAUAUAUAUAUAUAUAUAUAUAUAUAUAUAUAUAUAUUUCUGACAAUGUAACCUUUAUUUCUUUUAUAAUACAAUAUUGUAUGUUUUAUGUAUUCGUUAGACUAUUAGUUUUCGAUUUCAUAUAUACCUAUAUUUCAUAAAUUGAUAAUCUUGUAUUUGUUGCAUAGUAUUGGAAGUACUGUCUCUAAUAUUUACUAGGUUAUUACAUGUUUGGCAUAUAUGUUUAUACUUAUAUGUAACUCCAAGUUGUUGCGGCGUUGAUUGAUUAAAAUAUAUUUAUAUAUACAUGUAUUCCUGGCGUUUCAAUUAUUUCCCCUUUUUGUAGUUAUUCUUAUUUCCUGGUUUAUUUGUUUGAUUCGUGACUCGUUCAAUCCAUUAGCUGGUUCUAUUUA